AUGACGCCCAUUCAUAUUGUGUUUGAUGCAAGUGCCCGGAUGGACAAGCAGGCCCCUAGUCUGAAUGAUUGCUUAUACUUUGGCCCAUCUUUGACUGGUCAUCUAACCGACUUGUUGUUGAAAUUUCGUCUCGACCCAUUUGCGGUAUCGGCAGACAUCAGCAAAGCCUUCUUACGGGUAGGUCUCCAACCUAGUGAUCAUGAUUAUACACGUUUCAUCUGGCUAAAAGAUCCUAACAAUGAAAAGGACCUUCAAGCCUAUAGGUUUAGAUCAGUUCUCUUUGGAGCCACCUGCUCGCCUUUUCUACUCCAGUCAACCUUGCAACAUCACUUUGAAACCUACCCCACUUCACCUGAAGUCAGUUUCUUCAUGACCAAAUUUUAUGUGAACAACUUAAUUGGUUCCUUACCUACAACAGUCAGCCUCUACAGCCUUUACAAGGUUGCAAAGGAAGUUCUGUUAGAUGCCGGAAUGCCUUUAAGAGAAUGGAUCAGUAAUGAUCCAACCUUCAACGAAAUGGUAACACAAGAAGGUGAUAGAACAACAGAAGGCUCAGAUCUUGUCAAAGUUCAUUGGAACUACAAGACUGACCACUUAAGCAUAAAACCCCCUACCUUUGAGGAAGCUCCGCUUACCAAAUGGCUACAUUUGAGCAACCUUUCAAAAGUAUUUGACCCUCUAGGAUUGUUUGCUCCCAUAAUUAUACGAGCCAAAGUUCUCAUGCAAAAGGUCUGGAAACUAUUUAAAAGGUGGGAUGAGAUUUUCCCACCAGAACUACAAGAAGAGUGGUCGAAGAUCAAGGAAGACCUUGAGAACAUAUCAUACCAGGAAUUCCCACGCUUCACAGCCAACAGAGGGACUAACUACUCUCUUCACAUAUUCUGUGAUGCUAGUGAAAAGGCCUAUGGGGCUGCAGCCUAUUUGAUGGACCUACACGAAGGUGCAAACCUGGUUUUCUCCAAAGCAAGAGUCGCCUCUCUUAAAAAGAAGAGCAUACCACAACUUGAGCUGACUGCCAACUAUAGUGCGGUUAAAAUAGCUGACUACUUCAGAACCGUUUUCACUACCGAUGGUGUCAAGAUUACCGACACUGUCAUAUGGUCUGAUAGUAAAGUUGCCCUACACUGGAUUCAGAACAACAAAUCUAAAAACGUCUAUGUCCACAACAGGGUGAAUGAGAUAAGUCAGGUCACUGAAGUGAGGUACCUCUAUGUACCUGGUGAAGAAAACCCAGCAGACCUUGUCUCUAGAGGAAUUUCCAUGUGGCAGUUUAAGAAAAGUCAAAUUUGGUUCCAUGGCCCAAGUUGGCUCCCGAACCCAGAGAUGUGGCCAGAGCAGACAGAAGUAUCUACAUGCCACCUACCUGAAACAACUGAAGAAGUUUUAACUACAGUUGUCAGUGAAGAAGCUACUUGUCCCAUAGAUAUCCGUAGGUUCGCUUCCCUUCCUAAACUUAUAAAUGUCACUAAAUUAGUAAUUAAGUUCACUAGGCUCCUUAAGCGUACAAUUGAGAAUCGUAAAACUAAGAACACGGGACCUGUAAACUCGGAAAAUGUUGAAGUACAAAACUCAGAAGCAUUACGAAUUCUUAUUGGCUUCACACAGAGUCAGUACUUCCCAGAGGAGAUGUCAUACCUCAACAAGAAUUCCCACAAAAUUCCAACUAGAAUUAAAUGCCUAGGCUUGUUCCUGGAUGAAAGCAGACUUUUGAGAUGCACUGGGAGACUACAAAAUGUGGACCACCUUCCAUAUAGAGGUAAAUUUCCUCUGCUUUUACCUCCAAAUUCUCCUUUAACUGGACUUAUAGUCAUUCAAACACAUGAAAAGGUUCUUCAUGCAGGCGUUCAAGACACAAUUUGCAAGGUGAGAGAAGAAUACUGGAUACCAACACUGAGACAGUGUGUCAAGAAGAUGAAAAUGAAGUGUCACCUAUGUAACCAUCUGGAAGGACCUGCCUUGUGCAGGCCUCCUCCGCCACCUCUACCAGCUUGCAGAGUGAACAGUCUCCGGCCAUAUGCGGUGACCGGAGUAGAUUUGACUGGACAAAUUCUUAUCUGCAAUCCAGCCACUAAAGAAAUGGACAAGGUUUACAUAGUCGUGUUCACUUGUACCUCAACACGAGCUUGUCACCUGGAAGUGGUAAAAGACUUAACCAGCACUGCUUUUCUCAAUUCCUUCAGGCGAUUCACUGCACGAAGAUAUUGCUCUCGUUGA